CAACUCCGGGUGAUGCAGACCUAACUGGGAAUCUAGACCGACUGACCGGGAAGACACACGAGCACCACAUUCAUGACCGACUGUUUGGAUUGUAAUAUCAAUAAACCGUGGAAGAUUGAGGGAAAAUUGAAGAAAAACUUGGAAUCAAAUCUGAAUAUUUUUCCGUCUUGUUUCCAGGGGGAGUGAGUUACGAGGACAGCUCUAGGAGGACAUCAAACAGACUAGACCAGCAGCCUUCCACCUCCCAGCACCAUGCUGCUCAGUGCACCCCUCACUGCUGUCUGGCUGGUCCUUCUACUCAGCUGCGGUAGUGAAGCCAAACCAAACGGAUCCAAGACCAAGAAACCAAAACAAGUGGUUCCAGCCAUAGAGUGUGACGUCCGGGCGGGGAAGAUCAACCUCCCAGAAUUCAUAGCUAAAUGCCCGUCUGACUGUAAACAGACAAAAAGUCAGGUUUAUGGGACAGGAGUCUUCGCUUCCAUCUCCAGCAUCUGUAACGCUGCCAUACACAGCGGUGUCAUCACUAACUCAGGGGGUAAAGUGAUUGUUAGGAAGAUGGCUGGACAGAACAUCUAUAAAGGCUCUAACUCCCACGGUCUCCGAUCACUGUCUCUGCCCAAGUGGAGAGAGUCCUUCGUUGUCUCAGUUGGUAAGCCAAAGAAAGGAGUCAUCUAUCCGUCUUCUCUGGACUAUAUUCCCUCGAGACCUACCUACAGCAAAACAGGUCAGAAAGAGACCAAAGCCCCUGUGGUCACUACCGUAAUGCCGGCUACAACACCAGAACCCACCAGGACUACCACACCUCCACCCACUACGGCCACCACCACACCUCCACCCACUACCACCACAACCCUCCCACCCACCACCACUACGACAACAGCCAAGCCCCGCGCUGCUGUCCACAAAGCCAGGGAUACAGACAGCAGUCAUCCGUAUUUUGCGUCUGUAGCAGCAGCCUCCAGUGCAAGGCAGUCACAGAAUGGCCACGGAAAGGUGACAGCCCAAGCAAUCAGAGGCGGUACCUACACCAGUAGGUUUCCAUCACGAGCCAAAGCAGGUCUAAGGAGACCAGAGGCUGUCGGGUCUCCUACCAUCAGGAGACAACCAAUCCCCGGCCACCACUCCGGGACAGCUUUCAACCGAGUUGUACAGAUGGUCCCAGCAGAGAGGAACCAGCAGCAGCAACAGAACAACCCCACUUUGGCUCGUAGGGAUAGGCCGCCCACUUCCUUCGCACGACCUGAUUGGUACCCUGGAGCGAGACGGCCAACAGACGUAAGUCAAGCAGCUCCAGAUUCAGGCUACACAUGGAGCGAGGCGGAGACAGCGCCAGAGAUGACAGCCCGCGACCCCAGGCCUGAUAUCUCCGAGUAUGAACGCUGGUAUUAUAACUUUGGACAGUACCCACCCCAGUCCACAGACCCCGAGCCACAAGACACAACUCACACUAGAGUGGGACCAGUGGACUCCUGGAAACCAGAAGUGAACCCUUUUGAUUCAGGUUUCAGUGUGAGAGAGCAGGACUCACUACCCCGGGCCAACCCAGAGCCUGUUACUCAGGGAGACCCAAACUGUAAAGUUGACAUAGCAUGGCUGAUGGACGGUAGCUGGAGUAUUGGGAAGCGUCGCUUUAAGAUCCAGAAGGACUUCCUGGCUGAGGUGGCACAGGUCAUCAACGUGGGCAUGGCCGGACCCAUGAUGGGCGUCAUCCAAUACGGAGACGAUCCUGUCACAGAGUUCAGUCUGAAGGCCUACACUAACUCCAGAGAGCUGAAACCUGCCAUAGACAAGAUCACACAGAAGGGAGGGAUGUCCAAUGUAGGGAAGGCCCUGUCCUAUAUCAACAAACAUUACUUCAGCGACGCCAACGGUAACCGGGGCGGAGCGCCCAACGUGGCUGUGGUUCUGGUAGACGGCUGGCCAACCGACAAGGUAGAGGAGGCAUCACGCCAGGCCAGAGAGUCUGGUAUCAACAUCUUCUUUGUGACCAUCGAGGGACCCGACGAGAACGAGAAGCAGAAUGUGGUGGAGCCGAACUUUGUGGACAAGGCGGUGUGUCGAACCAACGGUUUCUACUCCCUACCCGUGUCGAGCUGGUUCGCCUUGCGUAAGGCAGUCCAACCCCUUGUCAAGCGCGUGUGCGACACCGACCGUCUCGUCUGCAGCAAGACCUGCCUUAACGCAAACGACAUCGCCUUCGUCAUCGAUGGAUCCAGCUCUGUGGGCACCGGGAACUUCCGGACCGUCCUGCAGUUCGUCGCUAACAUCACGCGGGAGUUUGAGAUAUCGGACACGGACACACGAGUCGGCGCAGUACAGUAUACGUACGAACAACGGCUGGAGUUUGCCUUCGGCCAACACAACAACAAGGCCGAUCUGCUUAACGCCAUAAAGAGGAUUAAUUACUGGAGUGGCGGGACCAGCACUGGAGCGGCUAUCACCUACGCAGCAGAGCAGCUGUUCAGCAAGUCCAAACCCAACAAACGCAAGAUCAUGAUCGUUAUCACCGACGGGAGGAGCUACGAUGAUGUCAGAGCUCCAGCGUUGGCCGUCCAUCGCCAAGGUGUGAUAGCGUACUCCAUCGGCAUCGCCUGGGCAGCGCAGGACGAGCUGGAAUACAUCGCCACCGACCCCGACAAGGAGCACUCCUACUUCGUAGACGAGUUUGACAGCCUCUACAAGUUCGUCCCCAAGGUGGUCAAUAACAUCUGUCAGGAGUUCAACUCACAGCCACGCAACUGAGCUGAGCAGGGAGGGCGCCUUAUUCCCCAUAUAGUGCACUACUUUUGAACAGGGCCCCUAGGGCCAUAGACCCACCUUGCUUACGUACACCUAUACUUAUAAAUCUGUGCUUACAUAUCAAGUAAACAAGGAAGGAAGGAAGAAUACGUCUGUAAUGUUUUGAAACAGGGGCUUAGGGGCUGUAGGGAGGGGGUUAGAUAUUUGUAUUAGGAUCCUCGCAAGCUAAUUAGCAGCACUAUUACGGAGACAGGACAGGGUCUCUACAAAAUGUAUUAGCGGUAAGUUACCAAAACGAAACAUUGUUGUAAUAGUUGUUGCUGAAUGGGUAAUAGUUUAAUUCCCAUGGGAGGUUAUUGGUUUGAAGGCAGUGGGCAUAGGAACAUUAAUAAAAUUGGCUCACAACGAUUCAACUUUGGUCAUGUGAUCUCAACUGUUGUUGGUGUUCUGGUAACAGUGUUUAAUGUUCUCAAUCCUAAUCAUGUAACAUAACUGAUGAAAAAGUAAAACCACCUGGCCGUGGUGCUUACCUGUGUUGAGGUCAAUUCAAAUCUAAGGCUGUCAAUUCAGGAAGUAAACUGAAAUUCCAAAUGUAAUCAUUUUUAAAAAGUGGUUUUAUUUUCCACUUCCUAAUAAACUGACAAAGGAUAAACUAUUAAUUGGUAAAGUUCAACUUUAAAAAAAAAUAAUAAUGUUCAAUUCAAAUCACUUCCUGAAUUGGCUGACUGAAAUUUGAAUUGAGCCCAACCUUCAUGCUUACAGAAAAAACUAUCAAGCAUGCCUAGACUACUUCUUCUGUCUUAACACACCACAUACUCUGCUGCUUAUAGAGACACAUGGCCUUAUGGGGACAUGGCCUUAUGGGGACAUGGUGCUUAUAGAGACAUAGCCUUAUGGGGACAUGGCCUUAUGGGGACAUGGCCUUAUGGGGACAUGGUGCUUAUAGAGACAUAGC